UUUCAAACCAAGGGACUUUAUUUCUUAUUAUAUAAUUUCCACCUCCACAUGUGUUGGUGGAGCAACCACCACAAGGACCAACCCAAAGGCCACCACCACUAGCACCACCAUAUAGACAGAGAGUAACACCUUUUUGCAUCUUCUUUGUACCCUCCUCUCUAUGACAUAAAAAUUUGUCUGCAGCUGCAUUUAAGAAACUCCCUUGUCUGCCACUUGCCGUACUCUAUCAUUUCCUCUCGUUUUCUUCCAUCUCUUCAAGCUUUAUUUGUUGAGACAAGAAGGUGGAUUUUCCCUCCACGUUUUUACACCCUCUUAUUUAGCAUUAGCUGCAUAAGCUUCCUGAUUAUCCCUUCAUCACAGGCUACAUAAGGAAAGAAGUGGUCUAAAACUGACUAUAAAUAUGGCCAACUCCAGAGAGGAUUCAAACCCAUGAAAACUUCACUAUCUCUAUUGUACCUGUGAGGAUUCAAGCUCAUAAAAUGUCAAUUUUCUGUACAAAAAACUUCUUCCAGAGAUUCUGGGUAGACGAAUUCGAAAUGGGCAGUCAUAGUCUUGCACAUAGCAGCUUUUUGUCCAAUGAUCUCCUACCAUCUCUUGGAGCCAGAAUUAACCGGGAAAUUGUACUAAGAAAAUACAUCACCUCCCCUUUCAACCCUCGGUAUAGGGCUUGGGAGUUGUUACUGGUUGUUUUGGUCAUAUACUCUGCUUGGAUUUGCCCGUUUGAGUUUGCCUUUCUGCCUUCCAAGCAGGGCACACUAUUCAUCAUAGACAACAUUGUCAAUGGCUUCUUUGCCAUUGACAUUGUGCUGACAUUCUUCGUCGCUUACCUUGACAGCCAUUCUUAUCUUCUGGUUGAUGAUCCAAAGAGAAUUGCAAUCAGGUACAUAUCUACCUGGUUUGCUUUUGAUGUCUGCUCAACAGCACCAUUUGAGUCCAUUACCCUCCUCUUCACUGAUCACAGCAGUGAGCUUGGCUUCAAAGUUCUUAACAUGCUUCGAUUAUGGCGUCUGAGAAGAGUCAGUUCUCUAUUUGCAAGACUUGAAAAGGACAUUCGUUUCAAUUAUUUCUGGAUUAGGUGCACAAAGCUCAUUGCUGUAACAUUGUUUGCAGUGCACUGUGCUGGAUGCUUUAACUAUCUAAUUGCAGAUAGGUACCCUGAUUCUAAAAAAACAUGGAUUGGUGCUGUGUAUCCAAAUUUUAAAGAAGAAAGUCUUUGGGACAAAUAUGUCACUGCAAUAUACUGGUCCAUUGUCACCCUCACUACCACUGGCUAUGGUGAUUUACAUGCUGAGAACACCAGAGAAAUGGUGUUUGAUAUCGCUUACAUGCUGUUCAACUUGGGUUUAGGGGCAUACAUCAUUGGAAACAUGACUAACCUUGUAGUCCACUGGACCAGCCGCACCAGAGACUUUAGAGAAACAGUCAAGGCUGCUUCUGAAUUUGCUUCAAGGAAUCAUUUGCCAAGUCGCAUACAGGAUCAAAUGUUGGCACACAUUUGCUUGAGGUUUAAAACAGAAGGAUUGAAGCAGCAAGAAACAAUGAAUGAUCUGCCAAAAGCAAUUCGUUCAAGCAUUGCACACCAUCUCUUUUUUCCUGUUGUUCAGAAGGUCUACCUCUUCCAAGGAGUCUCCCAUGACUUCCUUUUCCAACUGGUUUCAGAAAUGGAGGCAGAGUAUUUCCCACCCAAGGAAGUUGUGAUACUGCAAAACGAGUCUCCUACCGACCUUUACGUGCUGGUUUCAGGGGCAGUGAAUCUGGUUCGCCACAUUGAUGGGCAUGAUCAGGUCCUUGGGAAGGCAAUUGCAGUAGAUGCAUUUGGAGAGAUUGGAGUCUUGCAUUGUAUAUCACAGCCUUUCACAGUCCAGACCACAGAGCUUUCUCAGAUUUUAAGGCUCAACAAAAAAUCCUUGAAGAAUGUUUUACAAGCAAAUCCAGGAGAUGCACAAAUUAUAAUGGAUAACCUUUUAAUGAGAUUGAAGGGGCAUGAAGAGCUUGGCUUUGAAUAUACACGUUCAAAUCCUAUUCUCCAUGAACUGCUUCAUGGAGGUAACAUGCGAGCAAGCUCUUCACAUGACUGUGCAAAUAAUUCAAAUGGGCAUGAAGGAGAGUGCAUAAAUGUCAGAGACUCAGACAACAGUCUGCAUAAGGUGACUAAUGAUGCUCAUUUAGUCAACAAGUGUAACAUGAUCCCUGAGAAUGGCAAAAGAGAUCCUCAUGCUGCUGCGCACAAAGGGAAUCUAGACGUUGUUGAAAUUCUGCUUGAAAGAGAUGCAAGUGCAAAGAACCCAGACCCCAUAGGGUGGACACAAAAAGCAGUAGUCAAACAGCUAAAAAAUAAAAUCAUUCCUCACCAAAUACUGAGCUGUGAAAAUGAGAAUAAAUCAGAUGAAUAUAGAGUAGAGAUUGUAGAGCCAGAAAUCCUUAACCUUGGGGGGAAUGACUCAGCCAGAAACUGUAGAAAAGAUGGUAUUAGACCUGUCAACUUCCCAUUAAAGAAACUAUGCACAAACUCCAGUUCAAUAAAUUCUAACAGUCUUAGUGAUAGAGAAGCAGCAAGGUUCAUCAAGAAGAGAGUAACAAUCCAUUUGCCUGGCAGAUGCAGAAGUACCUCCCAGGGACAGCAUGGGAAACUGAUAAUCCUACCUGAUUCAUUAGAAGAGUUGCUCAAAAUUUCUGGUGAAAAAAUUGGUGGCUUCAGCCCUACGAAAAUAGUUAAUGCAGAGAAUGCAGAGAUAGAUGACAUUAAUGUGAUUAGAGAUGGUGAUCAUCUCUUUCUUCUUUGCAGCGACAGUGAAAAUUUGAGUUGACGAUAUUACCAAUGUAGAUAGAUUGUACCUUUAGGAAUGUAAUGAAAAAAAAAGGGCGGUCUGGUGCACAAUGCUUCUGCAUGCAAAGGGUCUAGGAAGGGGUAUGACCAUUUGGUCUAUUGUAUAGGAAUGUAAUGACAAUGUUUUAAUAAAAUAUUAAAAAUGCUAAGCAUUCAACAACA